AGUACAUGUACAUCACCACCCAAUGGACGAUAAGCCAAUUAAUUAAGCCAAUGCCUGACGGUCGCAAGUAUCAUCGAUUCGUAUCAAUUGAUCGAGUUUGAGCGGGCUUACAGUUGCAGUGUAAAAAUCUUUAAAACGGGCGAGCGAAGAAAGAGAGAAAGAGACACGUAAAGAUACAAGGUACACAAGAGGGAAGCGAGGGGAAAAGCAGCGAGAUGCCGAUUGAUUAUUAUUACUUCCCGCCAAGUCCACCCUGUCGCACCGUUAUACUACUCGGGAAAGCCCUAGGCAUUCACUUCAACUUCAAGCUCGUAAACGUCAUGAAGGGGGAGCACUUGAGACCGGAAUUUUUACAGAUUAAUCCGCAACAUACAGUACCGACCAUCGACGACAACGGCUUUAUUUUGUGCGAGAGUCGUCCUAUUAUGGCUUAUUUGGUCAGUAAAUACGCAAGAAAUGAUUCCCUUUAUCCGAAAGAUCCGAAAGAAAGGGCAAUUGUCGAUCAAAGAAUGUAUUUCGAUGCUGGUCUCUUUGCCAAUCUUUUGAAAUGUUACAUACCGGUGGUGCGAGGUCUAGCCAGUUCCGUUAACGAGGCAGAUCUGGCUCGGGUGGAAAAAUCGUUCGAGGUGCUCAACGUUUUCCUUGACGGCAAGGAAUUCGCGGUCGGCGAUAACCUGACUAUCGCCGACUUUACUAUCAGUACAACUAUCUGUAUGAUACUGGUAAAUUUCAAGAUGCCCAUCGAUCUUUACCAAGUUACCGGAAGUGCGCCAUGUCGGUCCGUGCGCUUAGCGGCGGCAGCCGUGGGAGUGGAUAUAAACCUGAAGCAUGUUGACCUCAUGGGCGGCGAACACCUAAAACCCGAAUUUAUUAAAAUGAAUCCACAACACACAGUACCUACUCUUGAUGAUAACGGCCUAUAUCUGUGGGAAAGCCGCGCAAUUAUGACUUACCUGGUUAAUCAAUAUGGCAAAAAUGAUUCUCUCUAUCCAAAAGACCCCAAAAAACGAGCCGUGGUUGAUCAGAGACUAUUCUUCGACAUGGGAUCUCUGUAUCAAGCGUUUGCUGAUUAUUACUAUCCAAUGAUCUUUACCAAUGUCACUCCGGAGCAAGCAAAAUAUGAUAAAAUAAACAAUACCUUGUCUAUCUUGGACAAAUUCCUAGAAGGGGAAAAUUAUGUGGCAGGAAAAACUCUAACUCUUGCUGAUCUUACCAUAGUUGUCACCAUUUCUAACUACAAGCUUAUGGACCAUGAUUUAAGUAAAUAUAGCAACAUUAAUAGGUGGUUUGCCAGGAUCCAAGCCGAAGCUCCUAAAUAUAAUGAAAUUGAAAUUGAAAGCGGUAUGAAGGAAUUUAAAAAUUUUAUUGACAACAUUAAAAAGAAGUAAUUUUGUAGCAUAGAUUUAACAGUUGUAUGCAUUAUUUUAAUAUUUUUACAUUCAUUUGUCUUGCAAUAUUUUUGUAUGUCGUAUAAUUCAACUUUGCAAUUAGCAAAUAAAUUAUGAUUAUUAUGAAUUAAGAGAGUGUUAAUUUAAAAAUAUGUAUAUGCAUUUACAUAACGAAAAUAAUAAA